UAUAAUACAAAGCAGUAAAAGCGGUCGCCUCACACAAGCGGCUGCAGCUCGACUAGAGAUCCCGUGGCUUUUAAUUCCCUCUCUACUUUUUUUUUUUACCCUCCUUCGAUGUGCCCCGUUAUUGCCAUUUGUCUGAGGCGUUCAUUUCCGCACCUGCCACAGUAGAGACCAGGCGAAAGGCGAGGUAGAGGAGGAGACAAGGACAUUGCGAGAGCCGGGAGAGGCAGACGGCAGAGAUAGCAGCGGCGACUCGUUUGAGAUCUUUAAAGGACAAAAAUGCUGCUCUGGACCAGAAUCGUAUUGGUCGGUCUCAUCUGCUUGUCCUUGGUGUCCUCUGGGAUGGGAUGCGGGCCGGGCAGGGGCUACGGCAGGAGAAGACACCCGAAGAAGCUGACACCUCUUGCGUACAAGCAGUUUAUCCCCAACGUAGCGGAGAAGACCCUCGGGGCAAGCGGCAGAUACGAAGGCAAGAUCACAAGAAACUCCGAGCGAUUUAAAGAACUGACUCCCAAUUAUAACACAGACAUCAUUUUCAAGGAUGAGGAGAACACCGGUGCCGACCGGCUAAUGACUCAGAGAUGUAAAGACAAGCUGAACUCGUUGGCCAUCUCGGUGAUGAAUCAGUGGCCCGGGGUAAAGCUGCGGGUCACCGAAGGCUGGGACGAGGACGGACACCACUUCGAGGAGUCGCUCCACUACGAGGGCAGAGCCGUGGACAUCACCACCUCGGACAGAGACAAGAGCAAGUAUGGCACUCUGUCCAGGCUGGCGGUGGAAGCAGGAUUCGACUGGGUCUACUACGAAUCCAAAGCGCACAUCCACUGCUCGGUGAAAGCAGAAAACUCAGUGGCAGCUAAAUCAGGCGGCUGCUUCCCAGGAUCCUCCACGGUCAGCCUGCAGGACGGCACCAAGAAGGCGGUCAAAGACCUCCAAAAGGGAGACCGUGUCCUGGCAGCUGAUGGCGAGGGAAACCCGAUUUACACCGACUUCAUCAUGUUCAUAGACCAGGACUCGACGACCAGGAGGCUCUACUACGUCAUCGAAGCGGACUCGGGCCACAGAAUCACCCUGACGGCCGCGCACCUCCUCUUCGUCGUCGGCGGUCAGAACAGCACGGAGGACGGGGGGGAGAGGAUGUCGGCGGUGUUCGCGAGCCAAAUCCAACCCGGACAAAAGGUGUUCGUGUUCGACGCCGAUCGGCUCGAGCCCGUGACCGUAAAACGGAUUUACACGCAAGAGCAUGAGGGGUUUGCGCCCGUGACCAUGCAGGGGAACGUCGUGGUGGAUCAGGUCCUUGCGUCCUGUUACGCAGUGAUCGAAGACCACCAGCUGGCGCACUGGGCUCUGGCACCUGUCAGGCUCGCGCACUGGGUGUCCUCGUUGCUUUUCAGUUCCCAGCCUCGUGCCAGUGUGCAGCAGAACGACGGGGUGCACUGGUACUCCAAGAUCCUUUAUCAAUUAGGAACAUGGCUCUUGGACAGCCACUCGAUUCAUCCACUGGGGAUGUCGGUAUGCCCGAGUUGAAAGCUCUUCUCCAGAGAGUGAGACUGACAUGUAGGACACGCGGACUAUUCAGUAGAUUAAAAAAAUAAAAUAAUAAUAAUAAUUAAAAAAACGAACGAACAGACGAGGCAAAGGCCCCCCAGCGGAGUUGGGAUAUUUAUUUCACUGACUUUUCCAUGUGUCCCCUUUCAAAGAAUGAAUGGAGCCUUAAAAAGUUUCUCUUUGAAUAAUUUAUUCUCAUGUGAACUCGCUGCUGUCACACACACACACACACACACGCACACAUUACACAGACAAACAAACACACACACACACACACACACACACACACACACACGGAUUCUGAAAAAAAAAAAACUGUGUGAGCGGCACAUUGUGCAUAAUCUAUUUUUGUAUAUCUCAAAUGCAAAAAAGAAAAAAAACGACAGAAAAAAAUGAAGAAAAAAAAUAAACAAAAACGAAAAAAGAGAAAAAUAAGUCCAAGAGAAAGAAGACCAUGUAGAGAGGAGCUCAAUCUGACAGGUUGUAAUGUUCAUAUGUGUGUGUGCAUAUGUGUGCAACUGACUGUUAUAUUUUGGGGAGAACAAACUUCGCGGGGUUCCAUAAAUUAUAUUUUUAUACACAGAAUUGUAAAUUAGAUUUUGACAGAUCGCUACCGAAUCACAUUUCGUUAUUUGAAAUAGUGUAAGAUAUGAGAAUAUAUUUUAAUUUAAAUACAGUAGUUGGGAAAGUAUUGGAAAAAAAAAUUCUUGUACUGCUUGGUUUAUUCAGAUUUUUUUUUUGUUGUAUUAUUUUAUUUUGGAAACUGUUGUCUUGAGUUGUCGGAGAGGGGCAGAUAUUCUGCCUCGUGUCUGCAUUCUUCAUUUUCUGGUUUUCUCUUUUCUAUUUUUUUUUCUUGUUUUAUUCUGAGAAAAAAAAAGAUUCAAUGCAGAUUUCUGACACUUCAAUGACAGUUCGAGUAGUACUGAAACAAGUUUGGUUAAAAAAUAAAUUAAUAAGUAACUCCUGUAAAUGUACUAAAAAUGUAUUUUUCUUUUCAUAUUUUUUAAAUAGGGAAAUAGUUUUAUAGAAAUGACCUGCGGCAGAUGCAAAGUUUGGAUAGUCUAUAUAUAGGCAGACCAUACCAAGUUUAACUUUCAUAACAGGGCGAUGCGUCAAAAAUGU